GUAUAUUCCUGUGUUCAAUAAGUCCCGAUGCGUGGCAGUAAUAUUUAAAGAUAAGUUGUUAUGACUUUUCUUUUAAAAUAAGACAUUUAAUCAUGUUCGAGGCCAAUACUGACAACUGACGAUGUUUAAACGAUUAAUUCGUUGUCAUGUGAAAUCAUCUCGUACACCACCCAGUAAAGAUGGUACAAAUAAUAAUAAAAUUCACUUACCAACCAAAUGUACUGCGUGGUUAUUUUCAACCAUCUCUUCUUCAUCUAAGAUCUCAACUACCAGUGAUGUUGAAGCAAGUAAAAGUACAGAAACUUGUUUAGUAGAUAAUCCUUUUAAAACAAACAAUUGUAAUGAAACAUGCAAUUUAAUUAAUACUCAACAUCCUAAUGAUAGUCAAAGAAUCUCUUGCAAUCCUUACUGCCCUGACCCAGAAAUUAUAAAACUACCUUUUGUACAUUUUACUAAAGUUAGAAAUCAAUUUCUGGCUAUUCGAUCUCAAUCAAUAUCUUCAUCUAUAAAAGAACAGUUAAAAUCUCAUUCAUUUAACAAUUGGUUAUAUUCAGACGCUGAAUUAAUUAAUUUUGUUAAAUUUAUGUUUGUGGAUUUAAAUCUACCGGAAUUAUGUCAUUUCUCUACUGAUACACUUGAAAAUUGGUUGUUUUCAACUUAUUCACGAUAUAACAAUGUACCAUUUCAUAAUUUUAAACAUGCAUUUAUGGUAACUCAAAUGAUGUAUUGUAUCAUUAAAAUGGUAAAUUUACCAUUGUAUUUAUCCUCAGUGGAUUUACUGAUUCUAUUGUUCUCCGCUUUGUCACAUGAUCUUGAUCAUCCGGGUUUUACAAACUCUUACCAGAUUAAUGCUGGCACUUGGCUUGCUCUACGUUACAAUGAUAUAUCACCAUUGGAGAAUCAUCAUUGUAUGACAGCAUUCGAUCUUAUCAACAACAAUCCUACGGCAAAUAUUAUCAGUGGAUUAACACCAAAUGAAUCACGUCAUUUUCGUAGAUCUGUGAUAAGAUGUAUUUUAAGCACAGAUAUGGCCAUCCAUUCAGAAUGUCUGUCACAAUUUCAAGUUUUACGAAAACAGGUCUAUUUGAAUUGCCAGUCAUUAUCUAUGGAUAUGAGUAGUAGUAGUAUUAGUAGUAUAAAACAUAAUCACCAAAAUAUUGAUCAUUCUUGUUGUGAUAAUAGUCAACAUGGGGAGUUGAAAAAUCCUGAUUCAAUAUUUCCUUCUCUUCAAUUAUUAUCAUCAUAUAUUGAUCCUUCAUCACCGUCGCCUACACAACAACAGCCUACACUAACAACUUCCCAUGAUCAUUAUCAUCAGCAUCAUCGUCAUCAACCUAACCAUAAUGACAAUGAUGAAACAGGGGUGGACAGACAAAAUCGAACAGAAGAAUAUGACCAAUAUAAUUCAUGUAUCAAUCAGCAUGUUGAUAAUAAUAAUAAUAAUAAUAAUAAUAAUAACGUUGUUAAUUUUGGUGGUGAUAAUGACAGUGAUCACAAUAAUGGCGAUUAUAUUAAUAAUAAUGAUUAUGGUCAUAUUAAUGCAUCACUAAUCCAGUCUUCAUUAAUUUCAUUAAUUAAUCAACAACCAGAAUAUUUAUUAAGACUUUUAAUGAUACUGUUGAAAGUAUGCGAUAUAUCAAAUGAGAUUCGUUCACCAUUAGUUGCUGAUGUCUGGGUGGAUUGUUUAUUCAAAGAAUUUUUUCUACAGGCUGCAGCAGAAAAACAAGCUGGUCUUCCUGUUGCCCCUUAUAUGGAUCCAGAUCUUGUAGUGAAAUCCAGUAGUCAGUUGAACUUUUUACAUAGUAUUCUAAUACCAUUAGUAAAGGAACUGACCUAUAUCUUUCGUGAAUUACACGUACUUUUGGAAUCUGCGCAUAGACGAUCAGAGCAUUUCUCUAAGAUUAGACAAUAUGAAUUAGCUCAACAAGAGAUGGAUAGUAACUGUUGUUCAACAUCAGUAACCACAACAUCAUCGUCAACAGUACCAAUAACAACAAUUACUAGUACUUCUGUAUGUCAUGUCAUGAAGUCUAAUGUACGGACUACUGGAGAAAAUAUUAAUUGUGUUCAAUCAGCACUUUGUUCCGAUGGAAUAACUUUGGAUUCAAAUGAAAACUUAAGACAAAAGCAACAUCAACCACAUAGUCGACAUGAAUCUCCAACUAUACAAACACAUACUGGCUAUUUAUCUUCUUCAAUAUCACCAUCAUCAUCAUCUACCUUGUGUUGUAAAUCAUCUCCUAUCAAAGUCCAACAAUCUCAAGUACCACUUUGUGUAACUGUUCAAUCUCCUUAUCGUAAAAAACAAGAAUAUUCUUCAUUUACGUAUGAUGUAUACAAUGACACAACACACUGAAAUAAAAGUGGUGAAACAAAAAAAAAGAAAGCUAUUCUUCACUAAUAUUUCUUUUCACUCUGGUCACUCAUACUAUCACUACCGUCCUUUUCCCCGUUCUCAUCCAUCCUCCUUUAGUAUGUAGUGGUACCCUAUAUGAUUUUUGAAUUUUUAAUGUACAGUGAAAGCAUUUCUGAUUGAGUUUCUAUUUCUUCGUUUAUUGUUUUAAUUCUGUGUUUUUAAACUAUCCGUUGUUUUCUUUCUCUGGUUAUUUGAGUGUGUAUAGGUGUUCUGGAUUCAUUCGUCUUAACAAUUUUACCUCAUUAUUUAAUGGAACAUUUUAUAGCAUUAUUUGUACAAGCUACGUUUAAUCUGAUAACAUAAUGGUAAGGAAGAAAACAAGGCAGGAGCGAACGAGUGAAACCUUGUUAGCAACUUGGUUUAUUUAUCUGUUUUCAUCAUUCCUGUCAGUUUAUUUAUAUAGAUUAUUGAAACAGUUAUCAUCAUAUGAUAUUAUACACAACACAGAGAAAUUUCGUCGAUCUGUUUGAUAAACAAUCCUCUCAGUUUUUGCCGUAACUGUGUAUGCUUUAACUCUUUCUAUCCUGCCUAUUUCAAUAAUAUGAUACUCGUCUAUGUUGAUGUCAUCUUCAUAGAACUGGUUUUAUCAUGGGAUGCAUAUUUUUUUUUAUCAGAUUGAAAUAAAAGUGAAACAAUGAGAGAACAGACCUAUCUAUUAUUUACUGUACAUUUGUUUAUUUAACAGCUUGAGUAAUCCAUUUACAGGUUGUACAUUUGUUCUUUGUGUUGUAUACCUUCACAUAAUUUCAAACUUUGUUUUAUAUGUACUCAAAAUUAACCGGCAUGUACUACUAAAUACAGAUGUAUAUGCAUAUAUGUAAUUUUAAACAACCAAUGGGCUUUCAGAUUUUUCUCAACACAAUACACCUGGUAUAAAACAAAUGUGAUUGGUCGAAAGCUAGUAAUUCUGUUAAUUUGUGAUCAGUUAUAUAUAAUAUUUGUUAUUUUGUAUUGGUUAUUUAUUCUUCUCUAAUGUGCAUUCCAGUAUAGUUUGGGUAUUGCACUCAUUCUCUUUAUCUAUCCAUCUAUUGC